CGGGGAACUGGGGAGGGGAGCGAGGGGGCGGGUGUCGCGGGAGAGAAGGAGCGAACCGGAGAGCGUCGUUCUGAGAGCAGUGAAGGCGGCAAGAUGGCGGACCGCUUCUCCCGCUUCAACGAGGACCGAGACUUUCAGGGUAAUCACUUUGAUCAGUAUGAAGAAGGACAUUUGGAAAUUGAACAGGCAUCACUUGACAAGCCUAUUGAAUCGGAUAAUAUUGGACAUCGCUUACUCCAGAAACAUGGGUGGAAGCUGGGCCAGGGAUUGGGAAAAUCUCUUCAGGGGAGAACAGAUCCCAUUCCAAUUGUUUUCAAGUAUGAUGUCAUGGGCAUGGGUCGCAUGGAAAUGGAGCUCGAUUAUGCCGAAGAUGCUACCGAACGGCGCCGUGUCCUAGAAGUGGAAAAAGAAGACACGGAAGAAUUAAGACAGAAGUACAAGGAUUAUGUUGACAAAGAGAAGGCAAUUGCUAAAGCGUUGGAAGACCUCAGAGCCAACUUUUACUGUGAACUCUGUGAUAAGCAAUAUCAGAAACAUCAGGAGUUUGACAACCAUAUCAAUUCCUAUGAUCAUGCACACAAGCAGAGACUGAAAGAUCUCAAGCAGAGAGAGUUUGCUCGAAAUGUUUCUUCAAGAUCCCGCAAGGAUGAGAAGAAACAGGAAAAAGCCCUUCGGCGUCUCCAUGAGUUGGCAGAGCAAAGAAAACAAGCUGAAUGUGCACCUGGAAGUGGUCCUAUGUUCAGACCAACCACAGUGGCUGUAGAUGAAGAAGGUGGAGAUGAUGAUAAAGAUGAAUCAGCUACAAAUAGUGGCAUAAGUGUCCCUGCCACUUGUGGAGUAGGAUCUGAAUUCUCCACAGAUAAAGGAGGCCCUUUCACUGCAGUACAAAUCACUAAUACCACUGGACUGGCACAGGCUCCUGGGUUAGUCUCCCAAGGUGUCAGCUUUGGCAUUAAGAAUAAUCUGGGUACCCCAUUGCAAAAAUUGGGAGUGUCAUUUUCUUUUGCCAAGAAGGCUCCUGUCAAACUCGAAUCAAUAGCAUCAGUUUUCAAGGACCACGCAGAGGAAGGAACUUCUGAAGAUGGAACAAAAGCUGAUGAGAAGGGGUCUGACCAAGGACUGCAGAAGGUGGGAGACUCUGAUGCUAGUAGUAAUCUCGAUGGCAAAAAAGAGGACGAAGACCCUCAGGAUGGAGGGUCCCUUGCCUCAACAUUAUCUAAGUUAAAAAGAAUGAAGCGAGAAGAAGGAGCUGGGGCAACAGAGCCAGAGUAUUACCACUACAUCCCCCCAGCACACUGCAAAGUAAAACCUAAUUUUCCCUUCCUCCUCUUUAUGAGAGCUAGCGAACAAAUGGAAGGUGGUGAUAAUACACACCCAAAGAAUGCCCUAGAGAGCAAAAAAAGCAAUUCUCCCAAGCCUAAACGCUUAAGCAAGGUGGCAGCAAGCCAAGGAGCAGAAAAGACUGUUAGUGAAGUCUCGGAGCAGCAGGCGGAAACCAGUGUGGCUGAGCCCUCAGAACCUGGAAGCAGAGCUGAAACCAAGAAGGCUUCAGGAGGGGACAUAAGUGAGCAGAGUUUAGAGAGUCAGAAGUCUUCAGGUAUCCAGAUGUGUGAGCCUAACCCUUCUAAAGAAACCUCUCAGACCACCCCACCAGGGAAAGAAAGCCGUGAGGGACCCAAACAUCCUACUGGCCCCUUCUUUCCAGUUUUGAGCAAAGAUGAAAGCACUGCCCUCCAGUGGCCAUCAGAACUAUUAAUUUUCACCAAGGCAGAACCCUCCAUUUCAUACAGUUGUAACCCUUUAUACUUUGACUUUAAACUUUCAAGGAACAAAGAUGCCAGAGCUAAAGGGACAGAAAAACCAAAGGACAUAGGAGGCUCCUCAAAGGACCAUCUCCACGACCUUGAUCCUGGUGAGCCAAAUAAAAGCAAGGAAGGAGGAGAGAAAGUAGAACAUUCCUCAGGAGAUAGAAUAGAUGCACCUGCCUCAGGAUCUUCCUGUCGCGGCCUGAAUAAGCAGGAGCCUGGUGGCAGCCAUGGAUCAGAAACAGAAGACACAGGGAGAAGCCUUCCUAGCAAGAAAGAACGAUCUGGGAAGUCCCACCGACACAAAAAGAAAAAGAAGCACAAAAAAUCCAGCAAACACAAACGGAAACACAAGGCUGACCCAGAAGACAAAAGCUCUAAGGUUGAGUCUGGGGAGAAGUCUAAGAAGCGCAAGAAACGAAAACGGAAGAAGAAUAAGUCAGCCCCGGCAGAUUCUGAACGGGGACCCAAACCAGAACCCCCUGGGAGUGGUAGCCCUGCUCCACCAAGAAGACGGCGGCGAGCCCAAGAUGAUUCCCAGCGGAGAUCCCUCCCAGGUGAAGAAGGGAGCAGUGGCAAAAAGGAUGAAAGUGGAGGUGGUGGCAGCUCUCAAGAUCAUGGUGGGAGGAAACAUAAAGGUGAACCUCCAACUUCAUCCUGCCAGCGAAGAGCUAGCACCAAACGGAGCAGCCGGUCCAGCCAUCGGAGUCGACCCAGCAGUGGAGAUGAGGAUAGUGAUGAUGUUUCAUCACGCCGGCUGCACCAGAAGUCUCCAUCCCAAUACAGUGAAGAGGAGGAGGAGGAGGAAGAGGAAGACUCGGGCAGUGAGCAUUCCCAUAGCCGCUCACGGUCUGGCCGGCGCCAUUCCUCACACCGUUCCUCCCAGCGUUCUUACUCAAGUAGCUCAGAGGCUUCUUCAGACCAGAGCUGCUAUAGUAGGCAGCACAGUUAUUCUGAUGACAGCUAUAGUGACUAUAGUGACCGAUCACGAAGGCACUCAAAGCGCUCCCAUGACUCUGAUGACUCAGACUACACCAGCUCCAAGCACCGGUCCAAACGGCACAAAUAUUCAUCUUCCGAUGACUAUAGCCUCAGUUGCAGCCAGUCCCGAAGCCGGUCUCGGAGUCAUACCAGAGACCGCUCAAGAUCCCGGGGCCGCAGCCGCAGCAGUAGUUGCAGCCGCAGCCGGAGCAAACGGAGAAGCCGUAGUACCACAGCCCACAGCUGGCAGCGAAGCCGCAGCUAUAGCCGGGACCGCAGCCGCAGCACCAGAAGCCCUUCCCAAAGAUCAGGCUCUAGGAAAGGAUCAUGGGGUCACGAGAGCCCUGAGGAGAGGCGUUCUGGUCGUCGAGACUUCAUUCGCUCCAAAAUCUACCGCUCCCAGUCUCCUCAUUAUUUCCGAUCAGGUCGGGGAGAAGGCCAUGAGAAAAAGGAAGAUGGCAGAGGAGAUGAUAGUAAAGGGACAGGCCUACCCUCCCAGAACAGCAGUGUUGGCACAGGAAGGGGAUCAGAGAGUGACUGCAGCCCUGAAGAUAAGAACUCUCUCACUGCCAAACUUCUACUGGAGAAGAUCCAGUCAAGGAAAGUGGAGAGGAAACUCAGUGUAAGUGAGGAGGUGCUGGCCACCCCAAAUAAAGCUGGGCUCAAGCUCAAGGACCCCCCACAAGGUUACUUUGGGCCCAAGCUCCCCCCCUCUCUUGGCAAUAAGCCUGUCCUUCCACUGAUAGGGAAACUCCCAGCUACCCGAAAGCCCAACACCAAGAAAUGUGAAGAGUCUGGCUUAGAAAGAGGGGAAGAGCAAGAACAGUCAGAGACAGAAGAAGGGGCUCCAGGGAAUAGUGAUGCCCCAUUUGGACAUCAGUACCCCUCAGAGGAAACCGCUGGCCCCUUAUCAGACCCACCUCCAGAAGAGCCAAAAUCUGAAGAAGUUACUACUGCUAAUCACCCUGUGGCUCCACGCACCCCAGUGCACUCUGAUUGCUAUCCUGGGGACCCAACCAUCUCCCAUAACUACCUCCCUGACCCCAGCGAUGGCCUGCAGCCCAUCCACAUUCAGCAGCCGGCCAGCCUCUGCCACUCCAUCACAACUGUUCAGCAUGCCAUCCUACAGCAUCAUGCCGCAGCAGCUGCUGCCGCCAUUGGCAUUCACCCCCACCCUCAUCCCCAGCCACUUGCCCAAGUACAUCAUAUUCCCCAGCCCCACCUGACCCCCAUUUCCUUAUCCCACCUCACUCACUCAAUCAUCCCUGGCCACCCUGCCACCUUUCUCGCUAGCCAUCCCAUUCACAUCAUUCCUGCCUCAGCCAUCCAUCCUGGACCCUUCACCUUCCACCCUGUCCCACAUGCUGCCCUCUAUCCUACCCUCCUUGCCCCACGGCCUGCUGCAGCAGCUGCCACUGCCCUCCACCUUCACCCACUUCUUCACCCCAUCUUCUCAGGUCAGGACCUGCAGCACCCCCCUGGCCAUGGCACAUGAGUUGGGGGAUGAGAGCCCAGGUAGGACCAGGGAAGGUGACCCAUAAGUCUUCCCUUGGGAGUGUUGAGCCAUUAAUACCAGCAAGUAGAAGCUGGGAUGGGCAGUGUCUGAUAGCCAAAGAAUUGGGUUUUGGCUUGCAGGGGUGGUUUUAGAUUUGAGGUUUGCUUUGGGUUCACUAUCAGGGAUUUCUCCCCCCUUUCCUUGUAUCCCUCCCCCUCCUGUGUUUCUAGACUAGGAAACACUAGUAAGUGCUACCCACCCCUUUGCAGCAACAUUUCCAGAUGGUCAAGUUUAUAUGCUCCCCUUCUCCCUCUACUGUUUAACCUCUGCUCUUCCCUUCUAUAAAAUUUAAAACAUUUUUCUCCUCUCUGGCCGGCGGGUUGUCCAUCUGAUCCUGCCUUCCCAAUGUCUGACCAUCCCUUGGUGACCUUGUGUUACCCUGGGUGAGGUGGAAAGGGAGUCAGACCUGGAAUCAGAUGCUACUCUGUUUUUGGAUCCACUUCCCACCUAAAGAGCCACACGUUUGGCACUGAUGUCCUCGUGUCCCUCAUCCCAGAAGAGACAUCGGACUAUCCCAGAAAAGAAGAUCCUAUCAUGAUUACAAGCUAUGCGGAACACAGUUUCUCAUGUGCUUUCCCAGGGAGGAGCUUGUAUGUCUGAAGGGUGUAUUUUCUUCUGUCAUGUUGAUGUUUCCUUCUUAAUUUAUAGGAUUUUUUUAACGUAAAAAAAUUGCACUGAACUCUAUAAACGCAAAUGCUGCUUUUUGUAGCUCAUAAAAAAGGUUCCAUAUUUGUAGUAUACUGCAAUAAUAUUUUUUACAUCUAGCUCUUUAAGUGAUCCUUGUUCUGGUGGCUUUGUGUAAAUAUGUUUGCCUAGUUGAAUUAAGAAACUAAAGGUUAUAAGAUGAAAGCAAAAAAUAAAGUAUUUGUUUUCUGCUAGAUGCAAAAUGACUAAGCAUGUAUAUUUUAUCAAACUCAUGUAUUUUUUGAAGUUACGAACUAUAAAAAUGUCAGAGCAAAAAAGGAACAUGGUUUAACAUUUUUGCUGGGACAAAAUGUUCAGUCAUUUACAUUAAGUGGUGCCCCCAGCACUGGGAUGUUUGAUCUAAUGGGCAUCAGUCAGCUGGGGGUUCAGAGGAAUACUCAGUUAUGAUGGUCUUCAUAUGCUUUGUUUUUGUUUUUUACAGAGAAACAGGUGGGCCCCACAGAGGAGGAAAACAUUCAAGAGCUUUAUUUGAAAGCAGUGAGAUUCAGAGUGAUUGGGGGUUUCUGAUGCCUUGUUCUAGGCAGUCCAUUUGCCUUCCUACUACUUAGCCUCCUCUGAUAAUUUUUUGUUUUUUAAUGUGCCUUUUUGGUUGGCUAGAAACAAGUAGAAGAAGACUGGGGGAUGGUAGAGUUCCGUUUUCUUCCUCCUCUUGUUGGGACAUGAGCACAUUUAUAGAUACUGCAAAUUCUUUUGCUUCAUAGUUUCCAUGCCUUCAGCCCAGUUUAGCUUAAGCAGUAAAGAUUCCUUUUCUCUUCUGUGACACCAUGGCACCUAACAGAGGAAAUAACCACCUCAGUUCCUCUUCCUCUUCUUGCUUUUCACCCAGGUUUUCAGACCUAAUUAACACACUGACCCUAAAGUGUUUAUAUUGCAGUUCUCACCAUCUUUGGUGUAAUUAGCGGAUCCCUGUUUGGCAUUUCCCUGCCUAUUCCUGUGGCUAGAAUUGGUUGGGUGGUCACCUGACAGGAAAAACAAACCCUACUUACCUGGGCCAAGGCUCUGUGUUCUGCCUUUCUUCUCGAAUUCCCAAAUGGAAAAGGUUUUGAGUUUAUGAGAAGCAAGUGCUGGACAAACAAGGCUCUUGACUGAGCCUCCUACCUGUUCAGUGCUCCUCACGUGGUUCAGAAGCAUCACUUUUUUGAUAACUCGCACUGGAAAAAUGAAAUGUCUUUGACGUGAAGGGUCUCAUUUUUCUUUGCUUUCAUGAAGCCCAUGUAAAUAAUUUAAAUAAUACAGUAUUAACAUUUUUGUGCUAUUGCCCUUCCCAUUAGCUUGUAGAUUGAGCCAUACUCUGGCUGCCUCUGCCUUCCUGGGGGCAGUUUUCUUUAACUUUCAGAAUAGUGAUUUUAAAACUUUAAAAAAAGUAAAGAAAAACAAAAUAGCCUACCCUUCCUUACAAGCAUAACAGAUUGUAUUUAACUUUAUCGCAUAUGAUAGAGAUAUAUAUGCUGUAAAAUUAGGGAAAGGAACUUUCUAAUAAACCAAUGAUUUGUGGAAACUUA